AUGCCGUCAUCCGCUUUGGCUCAUCUUUUGAUUGACCUGGAAAACAAGCAGUUGCAGGCAGAAAGCAUUUGCAGAAGGCAGAGUCAAAUUAUGGCAGUUCUUUGCUGGAUCGCAUGGGCCAUUGCUGAACUUGGUGUAGAGCGAGCCGUACAAGGUCAUUGGUUUUACCGUGUACCAUGUCUUUCCUUGAUGCGAUUGCUGAAAGGUUGCUGCAAGAUAUGAAUGUUCGCUAAUUCUGUUGCCCGAUUGCAUCGUGAACGAGAGUAUAUCAGGCUUUCCGAGCCAUGCUUAGAGACAUACGUAUCGAUGGGCUAUCUCGCCUACGUGAUCCAUUCUUCUUUACUCUGUAAAAUGCCCCACUAAGUUUUUUCUUUAUGGAAUGAAGCUGAAAAGCUUGACGUAUAAAACAUCCUCCGAUAUCUAUCCAGACUUAUUCAUGAGGCUCAAGCCUAUCAAUGUAAGGGAGCGGGAGUAGUUUCGGGUGUUCCCUGGAAUCUGGGUAGUGCGAUGGCUUAGGGAACGGCCAUAGGUUGCCGGGAACGGUUGCCGCGGUGGCUGAGGUUGCUGGCGUUACCGGAGUCAGAGACAGCUUAGAGAGCGAGCGAAGCGUGGAGACUGUCAGGAGGUCCUAGAGCGGGCAACGCCGGCAACAGCAACCCCGGCGACCGCGGCAAAGGCUGCCGGCAACCUAUGGCCGUUUUCGUAGAGUCGAAAUUACGUCAGACCUCGAGAAGGUGAUAGCACAUUUUGUUUAUAAAAUCGCGUUUGAUAGAUUAUUUGUCUUUUGUUCGAAUAGGUUGUCAGCAUGACAGAUGAUAUUGCGAGCAUGGCUCGUUUCUUACUAGUGACGGAUGGAUGCGGAAGACGCGCAAGAUGAGCAGAAAAGGACAGCUGGAUGCCGAACAGAAUGUUUGGCGUCGUUCGUUGUUGAUGAUGGGGAAUAUGGCAAUGCUGCUGAGCGCCUCCGUCUAGGGCAGACAGCUUAGUUUCUGGGUCGAAGUGUUGAAUAGAUACACGCAAAGCACGUUCAUGCAGUCAAACGAUUCGGACAAGAAAAGUCAUAACAUACGAUUUCCGACAUGAUCACUCAGUCAACUAACAACAAACAGUGUAUGUACCGGGUAUAACGCAAUUCUGACAGAUAGUAAGUCGUUACGUGCAAAUCUUCGCUGCUCUCUGCAUUGAAAACUUGGAUGUGGACUUGGUUGUAUGGACGCUCUUUUUGUCAAACAUGUAUCUUGCUGUUAGAUUGUUUGUUUAUGAUUGACUAUAGCUCAUUCGACUAAUUUGGAAAAAUUCCUAAACUGCAGAAAUUCCUAUUAUUGUGCUUGUCUGUUUCGAUUAUUGUGGUAACAUCUUGUGAUGGAAUGAAGUAAAAAAAA